CGCCCUAAGUGUCUCAUAGCCUAUCAGGGCAGCUCAGUUCCUCUAUAUAGUCUCUGGUAGCGGCUGCUUGUAUCAUAUUGUAUAUUGCUGUAUACUGUGUAGAGGAGGUUGAAGAUGGCGAGAACCAAGCAGACAGCUCGUAAAUCCACCGGUGGAAAGGCGCCUAGGAAGCAGCUCGCUACCAAAGCUGCCCGAAAGAGCGCUCCCGCUACCGGCGGCGUGAAGAAGCCUCACCGUUACAGGCCCGGCACUGUGGCUCUGAGAGAGAUCCGCCGCUAUCAGAAAUCCACCGAGCUGCUGAUCCGCAAACUGCCCUUUCAGCGGCUGGUCAGAGAAAUCGCUCAGGAUUUCAAGACCGACCUGCGCUUCCAGAGCUCCGCUGUGAUGGCGCUGCAGGAGGCUAGCGAGGCUUACCUGGUCGGGCUCUUUGAGGACACCAACCUGUGUGCCAUUCACGCCAAGAGAGUCACCAUCAUGCCCAAAGACAUCCAGCUGGCCCGCCGCAUCCGUGGAGAACGCGCUUAAACUGCAAAACCCUUAAAACGCAGUGAAACCCAAAGGCUCUUUUCAGAGCCAUUACCUCUCUGAAAGUGUUAUGUUCCAUUAGCUUUAAACAUGUACGGUGAACGUUAGGUGUCUUGUAUUGUUUUAAAAUGUAUUACUUGAUCGUGUUCUCUUUAUAUCAAGUGUUUUUUUUUUACCCCAAUAUUGUAUUUCUUUAGAACUAACAAAUAAUGUUUGACUUAUAUACAUGGAAAGAGGGA